GUGCGUAAGGGACCCAGCCUGUGGGAACUACUAUUCACCAGGCAAUAGGAUCAUCCAGUUCAACUACAGAGCACACACAUACCCAAGAGUUUGCCUACGGUGCAGAGUAUUACAGUGCGACAGAUACAAUCAUUCUUUCCAGUACCACCACGGCUAUAUGAGAGGCAAAAGAAGCGCAAGCUCACCUCGCUGUGGUGCUUCGCUUCAAGACCUCAACAAAGCGUUCACGAUUGAACUAGAUGCAAAUGCGGACUGCGUCUGGCAAAUUCAGAGGAAUACAAAUCAAACAAUUAGGCUCAUUUUCUCCAAUUUUAAAUUUGCCCCUCCUUCAAGCUGUGAAACAGAAAGUAUUAAAGUGUAUGAUGGUCCCUCAACUAAUUCAUCUCUCCUUGGACAAAUAUGUAAUGACACCGAUGCAGUCCCAGUACUCGAAUCAUCUUCAGCCAGUUUAACUUUUCGCAUAACAACAAACUCCGAGGCUUUCAAACGAAAUUUCUUUGUCUUCUAUUAUUUCUUUUCACCAGAUACAAAAGUUGAAAAUUGUGGGGGACAAUUAACUGGUCCCAGUGGGACACUUACCAGCCCCAACUACCCAUCAUCUUACCCUGGAUUUACAUACUGCGUCUGGCACAUACAAACAGAAAAAAACUCCAAGAUAAACUUAGAGUUCCAGGAUUUCUUCCUGGAACUAAACAAAAACUGCCAGUUUGACUUUACAGCAGUCUAUGAUGGCCCCACCACUAACACUGGCUUACUAGGAAAAGUAUGUGGCCGUGAUCGGCCCACAUUUGAAUCUUCCUCAAAUGUUAUGACAGUCGUGCUUUCUACAGACUAUGCCAACUCCUACAGAGGGUUUUCUGCUCAGUACACCACUAUUCCUCUGGCAGGUCCUGUGGAGCCUGACACACCAACCCUUACAUGCUCUUCUGAUAGCAUGAAAAUUGUUCUGAGCAAGUCUUACCUGGCCUCCCUUGGUUAUAACGAAACUCACCUACAGCUGAAUGAUCCAUCUUGCAGCCCAGUUGUAGAAGAUUCGGUGAUCUUUUCCUUCCCAUUAGCCAGCUGUGGAACAACUAAAAAGGAUGAAGGUCAGAGCAUCACUUACACCAACAUCGUCUCUCUCUUUGCAACCGGCAAUGUUGUCACCCGGCAAAAGACCAUACAGAUCAUUGUGAAAUGCAAAAUGGAAAACAAUUCAACCUUAGAAGUCAUUUACACAACGAAAAAUAAUGUAAUUCAAAACAUAACCACUGUGGGAAGAUACAGUGUUAGCAUGUCAUUCUAUGAAUCAGAUUUCUUCUCCAAGGCUGUACUUCAUUCCCCAUAUUACGUGGACUUGAACCAAACUCUUUUUGCUCAAGUCAGUCUUCAUUCCACCGACCCAAAUCUUUUGGUGUUUGUUGAUACCUGUGUGGCAUCCCCAGAGGCUGAUUUUGGAUCGCUAACGUAUGACUUAAUUAGAAGUGGCUGCAAUAAAGAUGACACUGUUGUAACCUACCCACCACUUGAACACUAUGGAAGAUUCAAAUUCAACACCUUCAGGUUCCUGCAGAGCCAUCCAUCAGUUUACCUCCAGUGUGACGUUUUAAUUUGUGACAGCAGCGACACAAACUCCCGCUGUACCGAAGGCUGCGUCUCCAGGCGAAAAAGAGCUGUGUCUUCAUACACGUGGAAAACUAACACCGUAAUAGGUCCCAUCCGCCUGAAAAGAGAUCUCAGGUCUGCUGAUCGCUCAGUUUUAUAUGCUGGUACCACAGAAAAGCUAUGUCAGAUGAUAAACACAGAUGACUUAUUCCAGGCUAGGUUAAAUCCUCGCACUAAUCCCUCAUUAAAGCAGAUGCCGAAGAAUCCCCGAACCUGCAACAAUACAGUUUCUACACUCUUAAAUUUAAUUUCAAAUAUUAUCAUUGUGGCAGCUGUGAUACUAAAAUAUCGCAAUCACCAAGCGGGAUAUAGCUACCAAAAACUCCAGAGCUCAUAUUAA